GAUUUUUUUGCGCCCAGGACAACGAUCUGGUUAAUAUAAUUCAGAUUGUUAAUUGCCAGCCAUGUCUACUAUGAUCACCACAUCGACGUGGGUGCCGCGAGGCUUUGCGGCGCCCUUCCCUGCCAAAUACGAUUUUGACGAGGACGAGUUUGAGAGGAUAGCCAGUCUAGCCAAGCUGCAGCUAGACGAUGCGAAUGAGGAUUUACAAGAUGCGCAAGAUGGAGACGAAGAGGAAGAGACAAAUGAGAAGAACGGCGAGAAGGACACAGUCGAUUCAAAAAACAAGCCCUCGUCAGAGAAUGGCGACGUUGAAGACAUUGACGUUGAUGACGAUGACCUCAAGAAGUACGAUUUAGAACAUUACGAUGACGACGACGAAGAUGGCGAGGGCCAAAGCAUGGAUAUGUUUGGAAACAUAAAAUCUCUUGCAUACUACGAAUCCAACAAAGACGACCCAUAUAUUACUAUACCCGAGGGAGAUGUCGACGAGGAUGACGAUAGGGAAGAACUACAAAUCUUAGCAACAGACAACCUCCUACUAGCCGCCAAAGUCGAAGACGAGCUUGCGCAUCUCGAAGUCUACGUAUACGAAGACGAAGCAGACAAUCUUUACGUACACCACGACAUCAUGCUCCCCGCGAUACCCCUCUGUGUCGAGUGGCUCGACAUCCCCGUAUCGAAAUCCAACGUCGACAAAGACUCGACAGCGAACUUCGUCGCGAUAGGUACAAUGGACCCCGAUAUCGAAGUCUGGGACUUGGACACCAUAGAUUGCAUGUAUCCCAAUGCGAUCCUAGGCCAAGGCGCAAACCCACAAGAGGCAGAAAAGAAGAAAAAGAAAAAGAAGAAGUCGAAGAAGGCCAAUGACGAGUACCACGUCGACGCGGUCCUAUCCCUAGCCGCCAACCGGAAACACCGAAACCUACUAGCCUCCGCGUCGGCAGAUAAGACAGUGAAGCUGUGGGACUUGCACACGGCGAAGUGCGCCAAGUCCUACUCGUACCACACAGACAAAGUGUGCUCGCUAGCAUGGCACGCGGUCGAGUCUACAGUGCUUCUGAGCGGGAGCUACGACCGCACGAUCGUCGCAUCCGACAUGCGAGCGCCCGAAGCCAAGGCGCCGCGAUGGGGAGUGGAAAGCGACGUCGAGAACGUGCGGUGGGACCCGCACGACCCCAAUUUCUUCUACGUGUCGACGGAGAACGGGAUCAUACAUUACCACGACAUCCGCAACGCGCCGCCGAACCCGUCCGCGAGCAAGCCCGUGUGGACGCUGCAGGCCCACGACGAGUCCCUCUCCUCCUUCGACAUCAACGCCCACAUCCCGGGCUUCAUGGCCACCGGGUCCACCGACAAGACCGUCAAGCUCUGGAACAUCCAGCCCACGGGCCCCGCCAUGGUCGUCUCGCGUAAUCUGGACGUCGGUAAGGUGUUCGCGGCGCACUUCGCGCCGGACGCCGAGGUCGCGUUCCGGCUCGCCGUCGCCGGAAGCAAGGGCACCAUGCACGUCUGGGACACCAGCACCAACUUCUCCGUGCGCCAGGCUUUCGCGCACAAGAUAUCCGACAAGGACAGGGCCACCAGCGACAUCAAGGAGAGAUUAAUCGGCGUCGAGGAGUACGAGAGUUCCUCCGACGACGGCGAUGAGGGCGGCGAGGAUGAGAACGGCGACCCGGAAUCUAUGGAUGAGGAUUAAAGUCAAGACUGGGGCUGUGGGCCAUGGAUGUCUCGCGGCUAGAUCAGAUGUCGCGGCUAGACGCAUUUCUGGUUCGACAGUCUGGUGCUCACCUAGUCUUCGGAUGAACCAGUUCGAGGCCGGGUUUAUUUAUAAACAUGUCAAUGUGUCAAAGGCGAGCAAAAGUUGGGAAACGGGGUACGUGGGUGAAACUAGAAGGGAUGUGUAACACAUCAUCGUUGCUCCUUUUUUUCGAGAGCUCGCCUAAUAAUUACAGUACAGAUGAAUGCUACCAUCUCAUUACCUUAAUCGAGAUAUCGGGUCGUAUGUCUUGCCAGAUCGCGAGAUCGUAGGAUCUGCCGAGCCUCUGAAUUGCAUCGCAGUGGGAUGUUAGUUACACGAGCAUAGGAAUAGCUGAAUUAUUAGAUGAUGAUUGAUUUUA